CAAUACAGAUGUGCAUACGGUGGCAUCACUGCUUAAGCUGUACCUAAGGGAACUUCCAGAACCAGUCAUACCAUAUGCAAAAUACGAAGAUUUUCUUUCUUGUGCCAAAAUGCUCAGCAAGGAGGAAGAAACGGGCCUGAAAGAACUGGUGAAGCAGGUGAAGAGCCUGCCAGCUGUCAAUUAUAAUCUGCUGAAAUAUAUCUGUAGAUUCCUUGAUGAAGUCCAGUCUUACUCAGGUGUAAACAAAAUGAGCGUGCAAAACCUGGCUACUGUUUUUGGCCCCAACAUCCUUCGCCCCAAAGUGGAAGAUCCUCUGACUAUCAUGGAGGGUACAGUAGUAGUUCAGCAGCUAAUGUCAGUGAUGAUUAGCAAACAUGAAGAGCUGUUUCCCCAGGAUGCAGACCCUCAGAUGGGACCCGAGGUAUGCAACAACAACAACGAGAUGCCAAAAAAAGCAAUUGUGGGGCAGCUACAGAACAAAGAGAACAACAACACCAAGGAGAUGGCAGUGAGGCGCUGCUCCUGGGACAAACCUGAGUCUCCCCAAAGGGAAAGCAUGGACAAUGAGUCUCCAACUGCUCUGCCAGGCAGUAAGACAAAUAGCCCCAGGAACAGCGUCCAGAAACUAGAUGUCACCAGAAGCCCACCACUCAUGGUGAAAAAAAAUCCUGCUUUUAAUAAAGGCAGUGGCAUAGUCACCAACGGGUCCUUCAGCAGCAAUGUGGAGGGCCCUGAGAAGAGCCAGACUGUACCAAACUGUACCCUGCAAACCAGGAGAACGUCAUCCCUGAAAGGACCGGUGACUAAGAUGGGCACACACAGUGUGCAGAAUGGAGGUGUGCGGAUGGGUGUUUCUAGCACAGACGGGCACAGCAACACCCUCAGCAGCCGGACUCCCAGCUGGGUGCCCAAUGGCUACGUCACACUGAGGGACAACAAGCAGAAGGAAACGGUGAGCGAGUCAGGCCAGCACAACAGGCUUUCCACCUACGACAAUGUCCACCAGCAGUUCUCCAUGGUGAACUCUGAUGACAAACAGAGUGUGGACAGUGCCACCUGGUCAACAUCCUCGUGUGAAAUAUCCCUCCCUGAGCACUCCAACUCCUGUCGUUCAUCCACCACCACCUGCCCUGAGCAGGACUUUUAUGUAGGUAACUUUGAAGACUCUGUGCUGGAUGGGCCACCACAUGAGGAGCUCUCUAACCCAGGUGACUAUGAGAACAGAAGUGACAGGAGGAGUGUGGGAGGCCACAGCAGCCAAGCCACCAGCAGCAGUGAUAACAGCGAAACGUUUGUGGCCAACAGUACUAACAAUCACAGUGCUCUGCACAGCCUGGUGUCCAGCUUGAAGCAGGAGAUGGCCAAGCAGAAACUGGAGUAUGAAACAAGGAUAAAAAGCUUAGAGCAGAGAAAUCUCACCCUGGAAACAGAAAUGAUGGCCUUGCAUGAAGAGCUGGAUCAAGAGCGGAAGAAAUUCACGAUGGUAGAAAUCAAAAUGCGUAACGCAGAACGGGCCAAGGAAGAUGCCGAGAAGAGGAAUGACAUGUUGCAGAAGGAAAUGGAGCAGUUUUUCUCCACUUUUGGAGAACUGACAGUGGAGUCUCGCAGACCAGAAAGAGGCAACACCAUCUGGAUCCAGUGAGCAUUGGAGGCGUAGACUGUGGGACUUAAGGGAAGGGCUUGGGGGUAUUAUACUGUAUCAGGUGGCUGGUCACCUGGCUGAGGCUAGUACUCAACGUAAGGUUAUACACCCUUGCAGGAAGAAACCGUGCAAACAUUAACCACUCGUAUCUACAGCGUGUACUUAUCAACUUAUACUCUUUGAAUGCUUAAUGAGACUACUGUCAAGUGUUACAACUGGAUAUGUGUAUAUAAAUUAAAAAAGAUCACCUUAGAGAGCAAGAGAUGUAUCUCAAGAAAUAUUUUAAUGCAAGUCUUGUAUUUAAACUGGUAAAUUGAAAUGUUGUUGCAAUCAAGCUUUAUAUCAAGGCUUUUCUCCCUUGCACUUAACAUAAUAAGCUAUUUUUGGCAUUGUGUUACCAUCAGCUUAUUUUGUAUAUCAAAUGUUUUUUGUUUUUGUUUUGUUACUCCUCUUGCUGGGGGGUAAAGAUAAACCAGUAUGUUAAGGUA